UCCCGGAAGAAAGAUGGCUGCGGCCUAGGCGCGUCCCGUUGGAGGCGUCACGGGCGCUCGGGCCCCGCUCGGCGGAUCCUGGGCGAGGGGAGGGAGGCCGCUGCUGGCCGCACUCGCGGGACAUCCUGAAGUCCGGACCCAGGUGGCCAUGGCAUCCAGGCAGCCUUCCCUCUGUGGCCUGGCUUCUCACUGCCUCUGGGUCUUGGGGGUCAUCCUUCUGAUGGAUGUGUCUGCCCGGCCUGCCAACCACUCAUCUGCUCGGGAGAGGGCAGGCAACAGGGAGGAGCAUGAGAUCGUGCCCCCAGACCACCUGAAUGGGGUGAAGCUGGAGAUGGAUGGGCACCUCAACAAAGACUUCCACCAGGAGGUCUUCCUGGGGAAGGACAUGGACGGGUUUGAGGAGGAUGCGGAGCCACGGAGGAGCAGGAGGAAGCUGAUGGUCAUCUUCUCCAAGGUGGACGUGAACACGGACAUGAGGAUCAGCGCCAGGGAGAUGCAGCGCUGGAUCAUGGAGAAGACAGCAGAGCACUUCCAGGAGGCCAUUGAGGAGAGCAAGGUGCACUUCCGCGCCGUGGACCCCGAUGGCGACGGCCGUGUGUCAUGGGACGAGUAUAAGGUGAAGUUUCUGGUGAGCAAAGGCCACAGCGAGAAAGAAGUUGAGGAAAAGAUAAAGAAUGGCGAGGAGCUGAAGGUCGACGAGGAGACACAGGAAGUCCUGGAGAACCUGAAGGACCGGUGGUACCAGGCGGACAACCCCCCCUCAGACCUGCUGCUGACCGAGGACGAGUUCCUGUCUUUCCUUCACCCCGAGCACAGCCGUGGCAUGCUCAAGUUCAUGGUCAAGGAGAUUGUCCGGGACCUGGACCAGGACGGCGACAAGCAGCUCUCGCUGCCCGAGUUCAUCUCUCUGCCCGCGGGCACAGUGGAGAACCAGCAGGGCCAGGACAUUGACGACAGUUGGGUCAGAGACCGGAAAAAAGAGUUUGAGGAACUGAUUGACGCCAACCACGACGGGAUCGUGACCAUGGCAGAGUUGGAGGAUUACAUGGACCCCAUGAACGAGUACAACGCCCUUAACGAGGCCAAGCAGAUGAUCGCCAUCGCCGACGAGAACCAGAACCACCACCUGGAGCCUGAGGAGGUCCUCAAGUACAGCGAGUUCUUCACGGGCAGCAAGCUGAUGGACUACGCCCGCAACGUGCACGAGGAGUUCUGAGCCUGCGCCCCUGUGGCCUUCCCCCCGCACCUCGCCGGCCUGCCCCUCCUGGAAGUCUCCCUCCUCCCUGCCACCCGAGGCUGAGGGUCCGGGCUCCUUAUACGUGUGCUUGAGCAGGCCUGAGCCCCCGAGGUGGGCCGUGGGCUGGCCGCCCCCGUACGCGGGGCCCCACGUGCCGCCGCGUCUCACUUCUGAGAAGCGGGUGCUGUUGUGCGAAGGCACCAACCGCAGUGGCGCCCUGUGGGCUCCCCACACCCGUGGGACGUAACGUGGCUCCUGCCGCUUCCUUGAAAACCGAGCGGUGGAGAUCGUGCUCGAAUGUGCUGCUGGUAGCCAGCCGCUAGGGGUGCCUGCCCUUCCUGGGGCGCUGGGGAGGGGCUGUCAGGAUGUCUGGUCUCCAAAAACACAAACACUUGUGACAAGAAUCUUAUGAAUUUACUUUAAAAUAUAGUUGCCUUUUUCUCCCA